ACUCUUAACACAAUUUCAAUUGCUAGAUACCACCAAAGGGUGGUCAGUGAGUCAGUCGAACAAUAACCAAAACGAAAACCGAAACCGAAACCCGUGAGCCCACUUCACUCUUCGGCUUUGGCUUCGCCUAACCAAACUCCUUUCACUCUCCCUUUCUCUUUCUUUCUCUUUUCUCUGCUUUCUCUCUCUGAAUGAUGGCAUCGGAGCAACACGACACCGUUUUCCCAGAAGAAGACAUGGACGAAGACGACGAGGAGUCCCAAGAGGACGAAGAAGAGGAAGACAUCGAUGACGACGACGUUUUGCCUGACGACGAAGAAAACGAGCCCUCUCCCUCUACCUCGUCCGCUGCCCUCGCCGUCACCGUCGCCGUUCCCUCCUCCGUCAUCCCCAACGGCGAAAAGGCUCCAAUUUCAACCCCCACUGCCAACGCGGCCACCACCGUGGUCGUUGCCCUCGAAGGCAGCUCCUCCGAUCCGAAACGGCAGCAGCAAAUCGAGGAGAAGAAGCCGCUCGACGAUUCACGGAGGCUGUUCCAGCGGCUGUGGACGGACGAGGAUGAGAUCGAGCUUCUGCAAGGGUUUCUCGAGUACACAUCGCAGCGAGGUUCAUCUCACCACAACGACACUGCUUUGUUCUACGACCAAAUUAAGUCGAAGCUUCAGCUGGAUUUCAACAAGAACCAGCUUGUGGAGAAGAUCCGGAGGUUGAAGAAGAAGUACCGCAACGUUCUCAACAAGAUUGGUUCCGGUAAGGAAUUCAACUUUAAGAGCGCUCACGAUCAAGCCACCUUCGAGAUUUCACGCAAGAUCUGGAGCAACUUGGGUCCAGUCGCUGAUAAUGCCUUGGACGACGACGAAAUCAACCUCAAUCCCAUUCCUAACCCUAACCCUAACCUCAAUUUUACCUUCGCCCUCCCCGCGCCAAGGACUGAGACUCUAUUCGGGAAUUCCUCCGAGAAGAAAACGCCGCCUUCGCGGAAGCGAUCACGGCCGCGAUCAUCCGCUGCGACAACGGUGAAAAUCGAAGAGAGACGCGAGUCAAUGGAUGGAUCGGCGUCACAUAAAGAGCAUAACUUUAAUCUCAACGCUGCCGCUACAGGUCUCCCUGCAACGCCAAACAAUAACUGUGAGAGUAACAAGUGUAGCGGUGGAUAUGGCAUACCGGGUUUGGUUGAAGAGACGGUGAGGAGUUGUUUGUCGCCGUUGGUGAAGGAAUUGGUGGGUGGUGCUGCCAUGGGAGGUGGUCACUUUGGCGGAAGAGGGUUUGGAGGUGGAGGCUUUUCACUGAACCCCAUUCCAUUGGGGUUCGGAGCGAUGAAUAAUUUGGGUUUGGGUUUGGGUGGUGGGGAACUAGUGGAUGAGAGAUGGAGGAAGCAGCAAAUAUUGGAAUUGGAAGUGUACUCCAAGAGGCUGGAACUGGUUCAGGAACAGAUCAAAGCUGCUCUUGAGGAAUUGCGUUCAACGGCAGGAAGCUGACUUUGUCUUGUUCUUGGGGUUAGUUUCAUGUUUUCAUACUGAUUUGCUUGGUGAAUUGGUCCAUCAGUGGUUGAUGAUGAUAGAGUUUAGCGUGUAGCUGGUAACUAAGGAUUCUCUUUUUCCUUUUUAUAUAAAUUUAGUCUCUGCUGAUUUCGUAGAACAGUUGUCGAAUAAAAAUGUUUAAUUUAUAGUGCUUUUGGGUAGAAUUUCUUGUUCCCUUUUGAAUUAUAAUGUACAGGAUCUACAGUCAUAUUGAAAUGAAUUGGUACAAAAUGACGCACUCCAUCCAUGGUAGGCUUGUAUUAUGAUAUGAUAUGUUGUUGUAAAAGAUCAGAUGCUUACUUUUCUAAGUUAAAUUUCACCUGUUACCCUGUUUCAGUGGGGUUUAUUGUUGUACCUAA